UGGACUGCUAAGAGCCUUUUCUCCCUAUUCCUUGGUGUUUUAGGCCUACUUGUCAUUGACUUAUUCUCCAGUGUAUUCACACACCUUGUAGUCUCUCACAGUAGUUUAGCAGUGUAGUUCUACUGACAGCCAGCAUACCCCGUCCUCACCAUGGGCUCAGGACCUCGGCGCGGUAACGUGUUGAGGAGGUCUCUGAGCCGUUAAUAUCCCCCACUGUAAUUGCAGUCUCUCCGUUGGUUUCUGGUGGCGGGGGCGCAUGGAGCAGAAAGGCUUACGGCGGCUCCUACCCCUAGUCGCUGGACAAGCCUCCUCCUCGCGGCCAGCGCGCGCGAUGUAAGCGGGGAGCUGAUAUGCCUGGCCUGCGGCUGGUGCAUGAUCAGUCUCCGCCAGCGGUUGCAGUGCAGCGUGCGGGAGAGAGCAGGGCAGCCAUGGCACACAGGCACCCUGCUCCCCGCUCAGCACGGCCGGGGUGGUGCUGCAGCUGUGAGCCGCCGGGGAGAGGGCGCAGGAGCUGAUGUGUCAGGCAGAGGUGCCGCGCUGCCGGCGAGGGAAGGGGUCACGUGGUCACGUGCAAUUAGUGGGCAGUUCAGGUGCCCACAGAACGGGCAGAGCUAAUAGGAGGGGGGUGGAUGCUGGCUGUCUAAAUGGGUAUGCUGCUGCAGGGACACCGCCUGCAGUUUCCACAGGGACACGGCAGACUGGGCACGGGGGUGCAGCGAUAUUGUCUCAUGCUGGGGCUGCUGCGGGGCAGGCAAAGGGGAGGAGUAGGAGUAGUCAAGGGAGUGCUGGGGUUAGCAGUGUGCCUGGUGUUGACCCUUCAGCGCUGGCAUCGGCCAUGGUGGCCGUGGCCUCUGUGCUGUCCCCAAUGGUGGCGGCUAUGGCUGCGGAUGGGCUGUCGACUUCGGCUGGCGCAGGGGCUUAGUUUCCCGACCCAGCUCUUCUGGUGACGCUAUAGCUCAGUUGCUUUGGGCUUGCCAGGACAUUAGCGCAGCCGUAUCUCAGAUGGGUGCUGGUGCACCGGUGCCAGGUCCGGUGGUUCAGAGGCUUGAUACUGUGUCUGAUGCUUUAUAUUCUGCGAGCGGAGCUUCAGCUCUGGUUUUGUCCCCUCUGUUACAGAUGCUUCGAGCGGUGACGACAGGGAUGCCGAGGAAAGUGAAUUGCUAUUGUCCGCAUAGGGGUCGACGCAAGGUGAUCCUCCUGGUUCAGUUGAUGCCAACGCGCAGAGAGGGUCCUCAGAGGGUCGGAAAAGAUUCAGUGAAAUUUUUCGGGAUCUGGAUAACUUGGAGAUAAGCCUCGGGAAUGAGACAGUGGACAUGUUCUUAAAUGAUAUUGGGUUCACAAACUCUGAGACUCAGCAAGAAGAAGAGGAAGAGCCCAGCCCCUUGAUCAGUACUCCACUGGAACUGAGUCGGACAGCCUGUGACAAAGAUGGCAUACCUGCAUCAACAGAGGAAUCUGAUGAAAUUCUCAUUCACAGUGAGGGAGGGGUGGAGUCUGCCCUCAACUACGCCAAGCGCUGGUGUAAAUAUGUUAGGGAAGUGCUGGGAUAUAUCGAGAAAAGACUUAACUAUGAAUCUGAAUUUGCCAAGAAUACCAUCAGAUUAUCUGAGUCUGCGAAGAGCAUCCUCAGCCAGCAGCAAUUUAUGCCCCUUCAAGAUGUCUACCUCCUACUACUGGACCAUGAAUCCCAGACAGGAAACUCAGCCCUUGAGACAGUGGCCCGACUAGAGAAGAAGAAAUAUUGUCAGCCUCUGUCAGCAAAGAAGACUGAGAUUGAGAAAUGGAGAAAAGAGUUUAGAGAACAGUGGCAAAGAGAGCAGAAAAGAAUGUCAGACUCCCUGGCUUCAUUACGCAAGGCCCGCCAGCAAUACAUACAGCGCUGUGAAGACCUGGAGAAGGCCAAGCAGCUAAGUGCCAAGAUUGAAGAGGAGCAGAGCACAGGCAGUCAUCUGGGGAGUGCCACCAAACAGCUGGAGAAACGCAGAAAGUCCCGGGAAGAGGCCCAGAUCAAGGCACAAGAGGCUGAGGUCCUGUAUAGGUCCUGUGUGUCAGAGGCGAAUUCCCGCAGCCAGCAGCAAGAAAAAGUCAGGCACAGAAUAAUCUCUCACAUCAGGAAACUCAUUAACCAAGGUGACCAGGUGCUGAAGGAGGUGACGCAGAAUCUCAUGCGUAUGAAACGGUCCCAGUGCGAAUCUGUCCCCAAUGGCUAUGGGAACUUGCUCAGCACGAGUGAACCUUACGAAGUUGGAGACCGAUAUCUUCAGUUCAUCUUGACCUUACCAAGAAAGCACAUAGAGGCAGAUACAUAUUCCUUCCAGGAGUACAUCUCCACAGUCCAGAGGUCGCCAUCUGGUGGCAGAAGAAAGAAUGCAGUGCAUCUGGUCCGAGUGUCGUCUUCCUUAUCUGACCUGAAUGUGAAGAUCGAUGAGACUGCGACAAGGCUCUCUCCAGGUGACAGAAGCUCCUGGGGCAACAAGAUUCUGCAGAGCGACGCAGAGAGUAUGGGGGGCAGCAGUGAACCCAGAUCCAUGGAAUCACCCACAGAUAGCCCAGUCCACUUUGUCAGGAAAGAUGCAAAAGCCUCAUUGACAGGGACCAUGUCCUCUGAUGACCUCGAUGAGAGGGACUCCUACCAGGCAGAAGAUGUUGACUCCACGGAUGCCUCGUCUGAGAAUGGCUUACAGUUCUCAGACAGGCUAGUCAUGUCACCAGCUUCUCAGAGCCACCGACUACGACGCUCAAGAGUUCCUAGCAAGUGUAGGGAGUGUGAAGGCUUCAUGGUCUCUGGAGUGGAGUGUGAGGAGUGCUACUUGACUUGUCACAAGAAGUGCCUGGAGAGUCUACUUAUCAAAUGUGGUCAUCAGAAACUGCCCCCGAAAGUACCACUGUUUGGUGUGGAUUUUUCUCAGUUCCCGAGACACUUCCCUGAAGAGGUGCCCUUCAUCAUCAGCAAAUGUACAGGCGAGAUUGAGUUAAGGUCAUUAGGACAACAGGGACUGUACCGCAUCAGUGGGGCCAAAGCUCGUGUGGACAAACUUCUCCAAGCAUUUGAAAACGGGCGAGAACUUGUGGAUCUGUCAUGGCAUUCGCCCAAUGACAUCACCAGUACCCUCAAAAAAUUCUUGAAAGAGCUCCCAGACUCUGUUGUAUCUCAUCAUCUCUAUGAAAACUUUAUGGCUUUUGCAAGAGACUUCUCCGAAGACUGCAAGGAGCAUGAAAGUCGACAAGAGGCCAUUCACCAUAUGAAGGAUAUUCUUUGUCAACUCCCAGCUAGUAACUACAACACGCUACGCCACUUGACAGGCCACCUGUUCCGGGUUUCAGAGAGAUUUGAGGAGAACAAGAUGAGCUCAAAUAACUUGGGGAUUAUCUUUGGGCCGACGCUGAUCCGUCCAUCUCCUGGGCAGGACAAGCCUAUGACCUACCUGCUGGAUUCCGGUUACCAGGCACAAGUCGUAGAAUUCCUUAUUAACAACUAUGAGAAGAUCUUUGGGAUGGAUGAGCUCCCCAUGACUAUCCACCAGGGGGCAGAAGAGGAUCCCUCUGAGGCAGAAAUGGAUGAGCCACCAGUGGCUGAAGGUCCUGCGGAGGGCGCUGAUUCUUCUGUAGACAUACCAGUUAUAGAUGAAACGGAUGGCGAAAGAGUUUCUCAGGGAGAAGAAGAGGAGAUUGGAAACUCACCAUACAUCAGAGGUCACUUUAGCCGUUUGCCUGUGAAAGCUGCCCAUGGAGAACAGAUCAAGAGAUUUGAUGCUGAGGCUGGGAAUGAGCAGUGAAGACGAAGAUAGCAAGUAAACAAGAAAGUAAUGAGAUAAAGACGUCAAGAGGAUAAACUGAGAAAUAGGUUCAGAUUAUGGGCAGCUAUACAUUAUAUAUUUAUCAGAAAAGUGGCUUACAAUGAGGACAUUGGUUAUGCCAUACCACAUAGUAUUAAGAAUAAACCAUGAUGGAAGGGGACUAUAUUGGCCUUGUCUAUAAUACUGGAGACCAUCUGUAGAUAUUCCCCAAAAGAUGUGGACUUAUUUUUUUUCAUGGAUUUAUUACUCGUGUGUAUCUGACAGUGUUGAAUCAUACACGUUAUCCCAAAGAUGAGACCUGUGAAGGACUAGCACAAUUGUGUAUACCUGAGAAAUGCAGCUCUAGAAGAACACACAGCUCACAACGGUUAAUUGAAAGACAAGAAAGGAGAGUCAGUGUGGCUGGAGAUUCAACUACUGCAAAACCAGGAUAUACUUAGAGAGGAGCAAAAUAAUGUUCUACAAUGAAAGCAGAUGGAAUGAAGACUCUGGUGACCAGAUGGAAUGAGGACUCUGGUGACCAGAUGGAAUGAGGACUCUGGUGACCAGAUGGAAUGAGGACUCUGGUGACCAGAUGAAAUGAGGACUCUGGUGACCAGAUGAAAUGAGGACUCUGGUGACCAGAUGAAAUGAGAACUCUGGUGACCAGAUGGAAUGAGGACUCUGGUGACCAGAUGGAAUGAGGACUCUGGUGACCAGAUGGAAUGAGGACUCUGGUGACCAGAUGGAAUGAGGACUCUGGUGACCAGAUGGAAUGAGGACUCUGGUGACCAGGGUUUACAUGGAUACUCAUAAGGAACAUUUACAAAUAAAAAAUGUAGAUAACCAGAAAAGAAGAUUAGGUUUGGGAUAAUGCCACAACAAAAUGGCUCCAUGCGGCCAUAUUUUCCAGGACAGUCCUGGCUUUUACAUGUAACUUUGAAAAUACUAUUUUUAUACUCCGGAUUAGCUAAAUGAGUACUGUACCAAUGUUUUUUUAUAACUAUUACAGUGUAUAUCACUAGCAUCAUUGACUGGCUUUUAUGAUCAGGCCAAACAUUAUGCGUCAGGCUCUUCUGUUUCGUAUAUAUACAUAUGGCACUAAGAAUUAACCAGCAAUAAGUAAAGGUUAAUGCACUGCUUAUCCAUGAGACACCUAAGCCUUUAUUCAUGUGAACAGCAGCUACAACAGUUUCCAAAACUCUGCCAUUGCAGUCCAGCUUUUAAGCAUAUCCAUGCUUGAGCACAGGUGACUUAUUUAACACCUCAGUCAAUUUGAUUUAAUCAUCUGAACUCGAGCAUAGAUGUACUUAAAACCUGGACUGUAACUGUGGCGUUUGGGAAACUCUGCGCUAUAAGCUUGCACUUAUCAAGCACAUUCAAUAAAAUGAUGACGCUAUUUGGAUGAUAACUUCUCAACUUGUCCACUUCUCCACUCUUUAGAAGAUUUAAUACAACUACCCUUACUCACACUGCUCUGCCAUGUUACAUGUGCCAAGUGCUUGUACCCACCCCAAGUUAAGUACCACCUGUCACUGAAUAUCCAAGUUGCAAACAUACAUACCCAACAUGCAUUAUAUUCUAGCUUGCUCGCACUCUCAAAAUGUUCCUUGACCUCUCACAAUGGGAAAAUCUCACAAGUCAGCUCAUUUAAUAUUUCUCGCAAUUGUACCAUUUUUCUGUAUUUGCUCUGACCUGAUUUACUGAUCCCAUCCUGCCUACAAAUGCUCUGUGCACCUAUAAAGCCAUUAUCACUUGGUGCAGAAAUAAAUGCAUUUACAUCACACAUGCACAAAAGAUGCUUAUGUGUGUUCGGCACUUUCUGCAGGUUGGAUUAAUUACCAGGAACAAGAAAUAACACCAAAAACCGCAAUGAUGUAGUAACAGUGGCAAACGCAGGAUUUCUAGAGGGGGGUUUCCAAAUGCAAUCCAUAAUCUACUACUCUGCGGAGCAAGUGCAGGAGUCUGGGGGAGCGGUAGAAGAACCUAGUAACAAUCCUGAACAUUGGUACUUUUCAUACAUUGUGUAGAUAGUGUAUGUAAUACAGUAUUAAUAUUUAACACUAUAGAUUGUCUAUAGCAUAGGCAGUAUUAAACAUAAUAACCAAUAUAAAUAAGAUAAGUGGUCAGGAAGAGGUUAACAAACCAUAAUAAAUAAAUACGUAAACAGAAUUGAACCAGUAGUAGACAGCAGAGUUCGCUUUCUAAGCACACAUUCUCCCACCUCAUGGAAAGGCUUCUGUUUCUUCUUCCUGGCAGCUACCUGCAUAUUAUAUACCAUUGCUAUUGUUGCUAUAAUUUGAGACACUUGCCAAGAGGAAGGGGGUUUCCAAGCAACCAGAAAUCCCCCCUGCGUUUGCCUAUGAGUAACAAUCAGGAAAUAUAAGAUAUAUUUAGGAAAACCCUAAAUUGCAAACAAAAUAAAAAAUAAAUGUGCAUAAACCACAUACACAUAAUUGCAGUAGAUGUAUCACAUAUAUAUAUAUAUAUAUAUAUAUAUAUAUAUAUAUAUAUACCUGGGUUGGUGUUUGUACGUGCAGCAUAUGGUACUGAUCUGUGAUCUGUGCUCUGGUCUUGAUCCCUUUCAAAAGAGUAUUGAAUGCUUUCUGAAGGUAACAUCGAUAACUACAUCCAUAUCAUCCUGUAAUAUACAAAUGAUGCUACUAUAUGUACACAUUACUGUAAAUAAUAUCCCUAUGAACAGUGCUGUUUAAUGUCGUUACUUCAGUAGUCAUUAGGAAAACAUGUAAGGAUUACUCACACUUUCCCAUAAACGAUUAGAUAUUAAUUAAUAAUAAGAAUAAUCAUAAUCAUUUUAUUUAUAUAGCACUCUUUCUCUAGGACUAGGACUCAAGGCACUUAACAGAUAGAAUGAACACAAUACAGUACUGAAACAAUGAAAUUCAGAAAAGCUUUUCAUACAAUACAGAGAGCAGGAGAUACUGAUGGGACAUUAAUGAAAUGCUGAGUAAGCAGGAAAGUCUUGAGUUUGUUUUUGAAGGAUUCUAGAGUGGCGGCCUCGAACUGUGCGGGGAAGUGCGUUCCAUAGAGUCAAAGCCACAUGACUAAAAGCUGGACCCCCAGAUAAUUCUGUGAGAUUUUAUGUACUGCUAAUAGACCUUCAUCUACAGGUCUCAUGAUUAUGUAAGAAUUUGAAAGUCAGUAAGCCAAUCUUGAAAUAGAUUCACCAACUUACAGGCAGCCAGUAAAGGGAGUAGAGGAUGGGUGUUAUGUGGCUGGAACGGGGCUGGUUAGUUAGCACCCUGACAGCUGCAUUUUGUACCAGCUGUAAGUGGUGCAAUUCUUAUGCUGGGAGACCCAGGUAGAGAGCAUUGCAGUUGUCUAAUUGAGAUGAUACAAAUGCAUGUAUGACUUCAGGCAGAUCUUCAGAAGGAAUUAGAUGCUUGAUUCUGGCAAUGUUCCUCAGGUGACAGAAUGAGAAUUUUACUGUGGCUGAUACCUGUUGUUCAAGUGUCGAGCCACAAUCCAGAUGCCACCAGACAUCCAUGACCUGUGUUAGACACUUAGAUUACGGCCAUGUUCCUCUAAGUCAUAGGUCUAAUACACCUGUGCACCUGCAAAACAUGCACUGUGUGGGGUAAUGAGGACCAAGUUUGCAGACCUAUGCUCUAUGUGGUCUCAAAACUCCUAUCAGACUUAUAAUAUCGAUAUAAUUUCUAGUAGGGAUGCAAAUUUUUAGUAGGGUAGCAUAUAUAAACAUCACAGUUUUAGUUGUGGUCAGAAAAAGAAAUCGCUGACACAGAUUUGUGCAUUCUUGCACUUGCAUUGCAUUCUGGUACUAUAAUUUCUGCAUUCUGCUACUAUAAUUUCCCAAGGUAACAAGUUUGUGUUGUCUUCUAUAUAUUUUCUAAUUGUAAAGAGUUGAGUAUAUAUUUGGUGUUAUAUAAAUAA